AGAAGAAGUUCUAGAUCCUUCAUCAAGACCUUCAUUUACACAGCCGUUAAAUCCGAGGCUUACUGUGGUGGAAGCAUGUAUAAAAAUACAUCGGCUGUAGACUCAUCCAGUCUUCUUGAAAAAGAUCCUUCCUUUCAGAUGAUUACAGUUACCAAGGAAACAGGUCUGGGUCUCAAGAUCCUAGGAGGAAUUAACCGGAAUGAAGGUCCCUUGGUAUUUAUUCAGGAAGUCAUUCCUGGAGGAGACUGUUACAAGGAUGGUCGUUUGAAGCCAGGAGAUCAGCUGGUCUCAGUAAACAAGGAAUCAAUGAUUGGGGUAUCAUUUGAAGAAGCAAAAAGGAUUAUUGAGAAAGCCAAAUUGAGGUCAGAAUCUACUUGGGAGAUAGCAUUCAUAAGACAAAAAUCUGAUAUCCACCAUCCAGAAAAGCUAUCGUGUGCAUCUUUCGAAGCUUCAGAAGAAUAUGGACCUCAAGCCUCAACAUUUAGUCUUCUUCCUUCUCCCCCUGAAAUACUAAUUCCAAAGACCUCAUCCACUCCCAAAAUUAAUGACGCCAUUUUACCUUCUUAUGAGAUAAGUCAGACAAAAAUUGGAUGCAGCAAAACAGAACAGACUCCAAUUACUUCUUCAGACAACAGCCCUCCAGAUAUGGCUGAUACAGGUGGUGCUCCUGCCUGGAGUGAUAAUUAUGAACCUCAGGAAGAGGAGGUUUCCCUAAAUCCCUCUGUUCGUGUUAAGGCAGAGAAGCUGGAAAUGGCUCUGAAUUAUCUUGGUAUUCAGCCCACAGAGGAACAACACCAAGCCCUGAGACAGCAAGUACGAUCAGACUCAGAUGGGACGGUGUCUUUUGGAGAUUUUGUCCACGUUGCCAAAAAGUUGUUUUGCUUGCAGUUGGAUGAAGUAAAUGUUGGUGCACCUGAAAUCUCCAACACAUUAGAGUCACAGCUUCUUCCCUGUGAUUCUUUAGAAGCCGAUGAAAUAGGAAGGCUUACGCGUGAAAGAAACGAUGCCUUGAAAGAAGUGAGCGUACUUAAGGAAAAAUUAUUUGAAUCAGAGAAACAAAGGAAGCAAUUGACAGAAGAACUCCAGAAUGUGAAACAAGAAGCCAAAGCUAUAGUUGAAGAGUCGAGCGCCCUGCGAAGUCGGCUUCAUCUUGCUGAAGCCGUGCAGAAGCAGGUGCACGGGAUGGAAAUGGACUAUGAAGAAGUGAUCCGUCUGUUAGAGGCCGAGAUCGCAGAGCUAAAGGCUCAGCUUGCUGAUUAUGCUGACCAAAAUAAAGAAAAUGUUCAGGAUUUAAGAAAGAGAAUCACAGUACUUGACUGCCAAUUGAGAAAAUCAGAAAUGGCUCGAAAAACUUUUGAAGCAUCCACUGAAAAGCUUCUUCAUUUUGUAGAGGCUAUUCAAGAAAUAUUUUCUGACAUUUCUGCUCCCUUAUCAAAUUUAAGUGAAAGAAGAAUGGUGUUCACUUCUAAAACUUCCUCCGCAUCCCUGGGAAGGCACGGACGUGACAUCCCAGCAACACUGGCGCUUGAAUCUAAGCAGCUUGUUAAGUCUGUUCACGCCCUGCUUGACAUGGAUUGUUUACCUUAUGGGUGGGAGGAAGCUUACACAGCAGAUGGCAUCAAGUACUUCAUCAAUCACGUAACACAGACUACAUCCUGGAUCCAUCCCGUGACGAGUGUCCUGAAUCUGUCUUGCUCAGAGGAGAAUGAAGAGGAUUGUUCUAGAGAACUUCCCGACCAGAAAACUUGACGGAUUUCUCUAGGAAGUGGAUUCCCAUGGUCUUCUGGCGUCUCAAUCCACAGGGAUGAGGAGCAGAGACACGUAACACCCAAGUCUGAAAUGCAAUAGUCUAAAUCAGGAGUGAAGCAUCCACUACCACUCACAGUGUGAAGUCAAGACUCUGCAUUUAGGAUAUUUUUGUAAAACUUUUUGCUAUUACUGUAUACAUUUAAAAGAGCAAUUAGCAGCAUAGUAGUUCUUU